AAAAAAAAGACUCUUCACUUCACCUUCCACAUCUCAUGCAAGGUUCACUGAGUAGCUAUCAGAGUACAAACAUGUCAUGUACAAUGUGCAUGACUGGCAAUGCUGCAAUAUUCCACCCAGCUGUCUCAGGGCUGGGGUGGAACUAUGUUGGCUUGGUGGCUUUCCUGUGCUUCCGGCCGAAGGCCAUCAUGGUACCGGUAUCGCUUCGAGACUGUAGUGGACGGUCCAAGAUGCACUCGAGUACAAGAUAUCAUGGUAAAUCUGCGUUGCUGCAAACAGCCUAUUGCAAUAAGUAGGUUUUCCCAUUAUUUUCUUUUCUGAUUCGAUUCACAAAAAAGCUUAUUACAACUUCGAUCAACAAGCUUUUCCAAACAUGUCGACGUCCAAAGGAGUGGUAGAAACAUCGAGCAUCACAAGGGCACCCAAACCAGGUGAACAAGCUUCGUCCCUGCUGCAGGAAGCGAUUGAAGUUGGUUCUUUGGAAAGAUCGUUCGUGGGAAAACCCUCUGAAGAGCAGAAUAGUACGCCUUGGGCAUUGGUAAUGGACAAGGAGGGCGGAGCACCAGCUCCCUUGUCUUCUUGUCGCCCGACACCAUCAGUGGGAUCAGAUGAUGGGGAACUGGUGCCGAUGACCGCUGACAAUUCUGAUGGCGGUCGAAUGAACGAGUCUAUGGACAGUGCUGACAACCAGUUGGCACUGCUAGCCUCCCCUAAAUCCCUCUUCAAGACCAAGUCUGACGGCAAAGUGAGCCAGAGCACAGUGGAAGAAGAAUCAGUGGAAGGAGUUUGUCAGUCAGCAAAGAGGUCCCGUCCCUCCUCGCUUGAUGAUACCGCUACGGUGGGGGUGCUGCCCCAGAAACCACGCCCUAACGACGACCACGAUUCUCGGUUGGAUGCAACCGACAAAACGGAUUGGUUGGACGAGCAAAGGAAGAUGGCGGCGGAUUAUCAAGAAGAAGGUGACCUGAUGUUUGCUCGAGAAGUGCUGCUUUCGGCGCUUCCAACUGCCAUCCGUGCCACACAGGAACGUCUUCGAGGUACUGCCUACUUGGGUCAGUACUACGCUGAGCUGGCCAACAUCUGUGACCAGCUAGGAGACACUGCCGAAGCAAUCGAUUACUACACCAACGCUGCCAAUCAAGAACGCGAGGCUCUAGCAGGUCAAUACCAACGAACUCCGUCGCAGCUUGGCAUGAGCCACUUCCGAGGUCUUGUUCAAUCGCUUGAAGCCAUUUGUCGGAUCUAUGUCGAACUGAGCCACUUCAACAACGCUUUGUGCGUAUACAAGGAGAUCUAUGACAUUCAGGUUGAUGUUGCUGGGGCCAACAGUCUGGAGGUUGCUACCACUCUUUGCAACAUGGGCCUAAUGCACUAUAUGCUUCAGCUGUAUUCGCCAUCUUUGCUCUUCUACCAAGAGACCCUGAGGGUCAGUCUCGCUGUGCUAGAAGAAUUCCAGAACCCACAGAACAGUGACGCUACCCGCAUUCCAAAACUUGCCCCCUUUACCCUGGCAAGGAGCAUCGGAGAUUCGUUGAAUGCAAUGGGUCUCCUCUAUCUCAAGCUGAAACGGUUAGAUGAGGCAACAAGUGCAUUCAGCUGUUCCCUCAUGGUUCGAGAGAAGAUCAUGGGGCCGUACCACCGUGAAGUGACCAUCUUGUGGUACAAUUUGGCCAUGGUCCGAAUAGAAGCUUUCGAUGCCCGCCGUGCCAUUCCUCUGUACAAGGAAGGACUCCGAAGAGAUCGCAUUGGUUUGGGGGAUGCUUACCAUCCUGACGUAUCCCCGACACUGCAAUACCUUGGCGAGAUGUACAACCAGCUGGGAGAGCUGGAUGACUCGAGGGCAUGCUUCCAGGAGGCGCUCGAGAUUGAAAUCCGCGCCGCUCUUCGGCUUUCCACCGCUGCCAAUGCUGCGACAUGUUGCGUUCAUCGAUCCUGCAACAAGCACAUGGCAGCAAUCUGCCGGCUGUGCAACGUCAUUGGCAAUCUCCAUUUGAUGUAGGCGAACAUUCCUGCUACAAUGCAGUGUUAUGUGGAGGCAGCUCGAACAGCUGCUAAGCUGAGGGAGCGAGGAAACAUCCACAUUCCACUGGUUGUGGCUGGGCACACCUUUUGUCAUUUGGCACGUUUCCAUCCCGACAGCGCUGCGGCGGCUUGAGCACUGCAGCAUCCAGAAGAGGUCCCGUACAACACAUCCUUUGAAUACUUACAUACAUGCCGUCUGCUGUUGUCCAGAACUGCAGCCUCCUCCGUCUUGUGAUAUCUCUUCUCUGGCCUCUGGGGAGAGAACCAGCCUCUUUAGAAAUAAAUGUUUGGAAAUCUACAACAUCCUGCUAGCUAGGUGGUCGUCUGUAGUUAGCUAGGAACAAUGCCAUAGGAACAAAGAAAGAAGC